AUGGGAUUCUAUGAUAUUCCAGCAAUGAUUGAUUAUGUUCUGAAUGAAACGAAGUCACCACGAAUAUUUUACAUCGCACAUUCACAAGGAACAACUGCAUUUUUAGUUUGUAUGUCAACACGACCAGAGUAUAAUGAGAAAAUCAUUGAAGCACAUUUAAUGGCACCAUCAGCCUUCAGAAAGAAGUUACCGAGACUGAGGACAGUCUUGUAUGGUCUCAAAUUUUUGGAUUCUUUGAAAACUUAUCGAUAUUUGGAAUUGAGUAGAAUCCUUGACGUGCAAGACUCUGUCAGCAAAUAUUUAUGUAGAAAAGAAAAGCCACGCAGAUUACGAUUGUGCUUAAGAAUAAUUUCGUUUCUUCUAGGAAUUAAAUCAAAUGAAAUUCAACUUGAUGUUAGUAUUUUGCCAAAUCUUAAGCGAUAUUUAUCACCAAGAAUCAGCAUCAUGCAAUUGACACAUUACUACCAAAACAUGAUCAAUGAUCGAUUUAGAUGUUUCGAUCACAAGGAAAAGAACAUGAUUUACUAUAAUUCAUCAAUACCUCCUGACUAUCCAUUAAGUGAAGCGGUAGCGCCAAUUUCUCUCUAUCACGCUGAACUUGAUUUGUUUGCAUCAUUUAAAGGUGUCCAAUUCUUAGCGCAAUCACUUCCUAAUGUUAAAAAUCUACGUAUGAUGGUUAAUUGGAAUCACAUUGACUUUGUCUACAGCAAAUAUUCUCGAGAUGUUCUUUACUACAAUAUUAAAAAUACUGAUAGUGUAUUGAAACUUAUUUAUAAUGCUGGAUUUGAAGGCGAAGCUUUGGAAGUUGUGACCGAAGACGGCUACUUACUGAAAGUUCAUCAUUUAUUCCCAAGAAACAAUUGGAACAGAAAGCCGCCAGUCUUCUUAAUGCAUGGAUUGUUCGCCGCAUCGGAUGAUUAUGUAGUCACUGGGCCAAAAAUCGCACUUGCUUAUUUACUUUCGGAGGCUGGUUAUGAUGUUUACAUGGGCAACGCCAGGGGAAACAAACACUCCGUAAAGCACAAAAGUUUAUCUUUCAAUUCACGAAAGUUUUGGCUGUUCGGUUGGCAUGAGAUUGGAUAUUACGACGUUUCAGCGAUGAUUGAUUACAUUUUGGAUAAAACAAAAUUUCCUAAAUUAUUCUAUGUGGGACAUUCGCAAGGAGCGACAGCAUUUUUAGCAAUGAUAUCAACGAGACCUGAAUAUAAUCAAAAGAUUAUUCAAGCACAACUAUUAGCGCCAGCAGCUUUUGUGAAAAAUUCUCCACAUCCGCUUGCUAGCUUUUUUGACGAUCAGAUUAAUAAUCGGCGACUUUUAGAUAAUUAUGAAUAUUUAGACUUUGUUCGCUACUGGGAUCUUGGAAGUGAAUUUAGUGCAUUAUUUUGCAGAGAGCAUUCAAAACUUUUAGAUUUGUGUAAAUCAAUCAUAUUUUUGAUUGUUGGAAGAAAUAGAUAUGGCGAUGAGAUUGAUCCGGUGAGUUAUGGUGAAGAAUCAAUGAAGGACUUUAAACUCAUUGUUGAAAUUUUAUUAGAAAAUUUUAAGCACACUGGUUCAGCACAUUUCGCCAAGAGUUAG